AUGGAUGUGGGUAAAGCUAUUAGUUUAAUUUUUUUUUGUAUUGUGCAGAAACUGUUAACACUUUGGUUAGAUUCGAAAUAUCGCCAUGACGCUUGGUAUAUUGGUAAGGACAUAGAUAAACUGGAAAAAUUAUUGAAAAAUUUACAAAUGCCGUCAACAACAUCUCGUGUCCCGCGUUCUGUUAAAAAAUAUUUGAAAUUCAAAGGCAGUGAAUACAAGGCCAUUCUUCAUUUUGGGUUUACAGCCUUCCAGAAUAUACUCCCUCACAAAUAUUAUGAACAUAUGUUGAAAUUAGUAUGUGCAAUUAAUAUAGCAAAUGCUGAUUAUACUCCUGAUCAUGUGUAUCUAUCUGAAAUAGAAUGUGUUCGACGUUUAUUGAAUGACUUUUAUCGUGAAGCCCAAAAAUUAUACGGUAUUCGUCAUAUGAACAGUGAGUAUUCAUCGAUUAAUUAUACAGUCAAUUUGGAGGGGUUAUACGUUAUGUUAUUAGCUUUUGUAUCUGAAACAUAA